UGUGAAUGACGUCCCCACGAAAUCUGACACCGGCUUUGCCUUUCCUUUGCUGUAAUUGCAAUCAACAAGUCACCUUUCAUCACCAUGCCAUCCAUCGGGUCAUUUGUCAACAAUGUAGUCAUCCUUCUUGUGUUGGGAUAUCUGUGCAAUAUGGUUUACACCAUGUAUUAUCUCUUCAACCCACCUCAAUGCAAUAUCAUCAAGGAUGCUAAUAAGUGCCUUGCAAGACACCAAGGAAAUCAAGGAAAUAUGCCUUUGCAGCUGAGAUUAUAUUCAUCACAGAGCAAGUUAAAGCAUCCUCAAGAAAGUCAGCUCACAGAAAUUUUACAUGUUAAAGAAUUCAAUAUAUCAGAGGACCAGACAUGGACAGUGAAUAUCUCCCUGCCAGCAAGGACUCGGAAGAAUGGCACACUGUAUAUCCAUGUGUACCUUCAGGUUUCAAGUACAGCUAGAUUAGAUGCAAGCAUGGCCGCAUAUCAAACCUCAUCUCUCACCAAAUACUCUCCUCCUAAGAUGGAAGCAUUUAAUCUACUUGGUGAUAGCAAGCCUCAGAAUGAUUCUCUGGAACAAUCGGUCGUACCUAUAGCACAUUGGAAGCCUAGAAUUGAGCUCAGAGUAUUAGAAGAACCAUUUGUGUUCCAUAGAAUGCAGAUUCCUGCAGAUAUCUACAGAUAUAUCAGAUUGACACCUAAAGGUGACUAUCUUCCUAUUUUGUACUUACAUAAGAUGGCUGAAAAGCUGAAAGAUCUGCAGCCCAUCAAUUCUACUUGUAAAGAAAUGCCAUUGACCAUAGAAUACAGCCCAAUAUCUAUUGGUCAGCUUAGAUUAUUUGGCAGUCUAGAAGAAGGGAUGAGUACCAUGUAUCAGUUAGGUUUCACAGAAAAGGAUACAGAGGAGGUUAAGUCGAUAUUCACAGACACAAAUCUCGUACUUCUAAUGGCAACAAUAUUUGUAUCCUUCUUUCAUAUCCUGUUUGAUUUCUUAGCCUUUAAGAAUGACAUUUCUUACUGGAGGGCAAGAAAUAGUAUGGUUGGCCUUUCUAUAAGAACAGUUACAUGGCGGUGUGUCAGUCAGAUCAUUGUCUUUCUCUACUUACAAAAUGAGAAUACCAGUCUCUUGGUCUUGAUACCCUGUGGUAUUGGAGCUGUUAUUGAGGUUUGGAAAGUGAAGAAAGCCUUUAAAGUCAGUAUAAGCUUUGAAGGUUGGAGACCUAGCUUUACGUUUGGUACAGCUACAGACUCUGAGAAAGCAACAGCUGAGUUUGAUACCACUGCUAUGAAAUACCUCUCGUAUCUACUCUAUCCUCUAUGUGUUAUAGGAGCUAUCUACUCACUUGUAUACGUCCCUCAUAAAAGCUGGUAUUCAUGGCUUAUUAACGGUCUUGUGAAUGGAGUCUAUGCAUUUGGAUUCUUGUUCAUGUUACCUCAGCUCUUUGUCAAUUAUAAGUUAAAGUCAGUUGCACAUCUGCCCUGGAGAGCAUUUAUGUAUAAGGCAUUCAACACUUUCAUAGAUGAUGUAUUUGCAUUCAUUAUCACCAUGCCGACAGCCCACCGUGUUGCAUGUUUCCGUGACGACGUUGUAUUUGUUAUUUACCUCUAUCAAAGAUGGUUGUACCCGGUUGAUAAAACUCGAGCCAAUGAGUACGGAGUUUCAUAUGAAGAUGAGAAGAAGGGGAAAGAACAUACUGACUGAGAUUAUAUGCAGAGAAUAUUUCAGUAUGCAUCACAUUAUUGCCAAUUUGUGAGUGGAUUACAACUGGGAACAUUUAAAGGUCAAGUCCACCUCAGAAAAAUGUCGAUUUGAAUCAUUAGAGAAAAUUCAGACAAGCACAAUGC